CAGUAGUGGCCGCUGAGGCCUGGACGCCUUCGGAGGGAGACACUGCUGUCCGCGCUCUUCUGGCACUUUUGCUCACGCCGCCAUACACUAAACGGUAGUUCGCCACGGGAGAGGCCACCGGGAACCAACAGGGCGAUGAUACAAAUAGGAAGUUUGCAAGGAGAAAAUAAUAAUUUACUGGGGGACUAGGACCAGCCCCAGCAUCACCCCCAGCAAGCAGUACACCCCAGGAAGCAGUACACCCCAGCAGGAUGGUGUGGGUACAGAACACACUAAUCCCCCUCCUCCUGUACCUGUCUAAACCCCGUCUCGCCUACAAGAUAUCGACGGUGGACUCGGCUGGCGUAUGUAACGAGACCAUCUGGCUGGAAGAUGGGGCCAAGUCGGCCGCAAUCCUCCGCCUGACAGCUAAAGACUUCUACGAUUUUGCACCAUUGCAUUGCCAGAUCACCUUCAAGGCUCCCAAACACACCUGGUCUGGGCUGACAGGAGUGCUGGAAGAGGUUGACCUUAGACGCUACGAGGACACGACAGGUCACCACUUGGCCCAGAAUGAGUGCCUCGACUACAUCAUGGUGGUGUCGGACACCCGGACGCCCCAGGAGAGGCAGUGCGGGUCCUGGGCCGUGACGGGACAGGAGCAGUUGACCCACUUGGGUUAUCGGAGGUCACUGGUCGGCUACUGUCCCCUCCCGCUAACCAAUGACCCCCGAGUCAUCAGGUGUGGGAUGACAGAACUGACGGUGGAGGUUUCCGUGGGCCAACAGGACAACCACUACCUCUGGCGGGACACGCACUGGCGCCCUCACAGAGGCUUCACCUUCGUCGUCACCGCCUACAGGUACUCGUACCACGAGAGUGGAUGCGACGCUGGGUUCCGCUCCUGCGGUACGACUGACCGACGCAGCAAGCACCACUGCGUCCACCAGUCGCUGUGGUGCGAUCACCACAUCAACUGCGGACAGCCACACAACUACGACGAGCUCUCCUGCCUUGAUGAUGAAAUGUUGGGGGGACUAGUGAUGGUUAUCGUGGGUCCGUGGAUUGGGGCGUUCCUGCUGCUGGUGGUGGUGCUGGGCGGGGUGUUGUACUGGCGCAGAGGCCGAACUCCAGCACGCAGGGAACACCCGCCUCCCCAGGAACUCAACUCCUACGCUGAGUCCUACGAGGUCUCCUCCACCCUCUCUUCUGCCCACCAUAUGGCUAUUCAGGUUCGUGUGGUGUGUAACUCUGGCCAGGGAAUCUACACCCAGCGCACACACCCGUGGCAGGCGGCUGACCUCCCCCCGUCCUACGACUCCCUAUUCCCCCAGGGGCUUCCCUCCCCUAAGUUCUCCACCACCACCUCCACCGCCACCACCCCCGCCACCAACUCCGCCGCCAGCUUCGACAUCACCACCACCUCCCUCCUGAGCCUCGGCUCCAACACCAACGCUUCUCCCGUCACCUCGGCUUUCUUCUCCAACACCACGCAGACCUCCAACAUCGUCAUCCCCAUCAACGCCAUCUGCAGCACGCUAGGUGCCACGUCGGAGGUGUCGACGCCCUCCUGCGCCACCACCACCUUCACCACCGCGCCAGUUUACAGCAGCGCAGCAACCGGCGUCUCCCCCAGCUCCUCCAACACUCCCAAGACAGCCUCCACCAGUGCUGCUUCAUCGUCAACAGCUCCGCCGGCAACAUUACCUCCCCCAUUUGACCUCAUACCCCCGCUUGUAGUGCCAGAGGACACUAAUAUGACACCCAGUCACGCUGUCAACAGCACUCCCAGUCACGCUGUCAACAGCACUCCCAGUCACGCUGUCAACAGCACACCCAGUCACGCUGUCAACAGCACACCCAGUCACGCUGUCAACAGCACUCCCAGUCACGCUGUCAACAGCACUCCCAGUCACGCUGUCAACAGCACUCCCAGUCACGCUGUCAACAGCACAUGCAGUCAUUCGGGCAGUAGCUCGCCCUAUCGCGCCGUCAGCCUCACAGCGCCGUCAAACGCAACAGCAUCAGCAACAGAGCUGCAGCCGCUAUUAUCUGACAGCCUUGAAAGCGAACCCUGUGAGGCGUCAGGCACCCACAGAGUUGAACCCCUGACGCCAGGCGACGAAGAUAAGGACACUACCUCUCAGGGCAGAAGAAGCACUGCAUCUCCACCUAACGGAUCACCUGCAGCGGACGAGAUACAGCCACCAGGAGCUACAGAAGACAUUGAAUGCUUGCAGAAUGCAUUUGCAAGACCGGAUAUUCCCGUGGACACGGGGCAGGCUAGUGCAGGCUCAGACACCUGCACUGCGUCUGAAGAAAGUAUCACGGUAGGGAGUAGUGUGCAAGAUGGCGUGUCUACGAUCCCUGCAGACGACACGGGGUUAGAAACAGCUAUAAUCUCGUUCACAGCUAGCGGCCCCACGGUGGAAAUGGGUGAGACUGAAGGGACAAUGACAGCCCAACUAGAAAUUCUUGCAGAGACAAUUAGUGAUCCAGAGUAAGAACUGCUGUCUCUUGUGAUUACACAUACACACAUACACACACACACACACACACACACACACACACACACACACACACACACACACACACACACACAAAGGUACAAAACACACAAGCUACAAAAAAUAUAUAUACAUAUACGUAUAUUCAAAACUAUGUACUCAAAACUUCAAGCCACUCUCACAUAACACAUACACAUCGACUCGCUAAGCCACCCACAGCCACUCCACAGCCACUCCACAGCCACUCCACAGCCACCCCACAGCCACUCCACAGCCACUCCAAAGCCACCCACAGCCACCCCACAGCCACCCACAGCCACCCACAGCCACUCCA